GUCCAUGUACUCCGAUAGUGUGAGAAUGGACACACGUGUUCCUUACUAAGAUUGACCAAGUUGUUGAUUGUCAUAGUUCUAGUCUUGUCAUUUUUUGUUUCUUGACAUCAGCCAUUUUGACUCCAAAUAUGUCGAGUUUAUUGGGCCUGGUCAGCUGUUUACUCCAUUUGGUCAUAUUAGCUCGAUGUCAAGACACCAGUACGCUCCAGCCUUGUGUACCACAGGAUGACAGUGGUAUCAUUGAGAUUAGUUGCAAGGGCUACAAGAAAUGUGACAACAACUUAGUGAUAGAACAUCUGUGUGACAGUAGCAUGGUGUUUGAUAGAGAUAGCUUCCAGUGUGUGGACCGGAUCUCAAGCGUCAUCAGCUGUGCAGAUAGAGGCCAGUGCAACGGCAAAGCUGAUGGCAUAUACGCCGAUGAGGCAGAUAAAUGUGAAACUUACGUUCGUUGUUUAGGAGAGGCAAUCAUUGCCCAUUCGUAUUGCCCGACAAAGACAGUCUUCUCCAACGCCAUUCAGACAUGUGCCUUUAAAGACUCAGUCCCGCCUCCAUGUGGUACAAAAACUACAAAUGGCACUAACACUGUUGUUGGUUGAGCUCAGAUCACGUGUGUACACAACUAUUGGACUAGCAAUUGAAUGAAGGAAUAAACUGCUUUUAUUUUCUA